AUGUCUGGUCGCGGAAAGCAGGGCGGAAAAGUGCGGGCUAAGGCCAAGUCUCGUUCCUCCCGCGCUGGCCUGCAGUUCCCGGUGGGCCGAGUGCACAGGCUGCUGCGCAAAGGGAACUACGCAGAGCGGGUCGGGGCUGGAGCCCCCGUGUACCUCGCAGCGGUGCUGGAGUACCUGACAGCGGAGAUCCUGGAAUUGGCUGGCAAUGCCGCGCGUGACAACAAGAAAACCAGGAUAAUCCCUCGCCACUUGCAGCUCGCCAUUCGCAACGACGAGGAGUUAAACAAGCUGCUGGGGAAAGUGACCAUCGCUCAAGGUGGUGUCCUGCCCAACAUCCAAGCUGUGCUGCUGCCCAAGAAGACGGAGAGUCAGAAGACGAAGAGCAAGUGA